AUGGUGUCUCUUGCUGAGCUCAGUGGACAACUUGGGAAGUUUAUUGGCCCUGAGAAGGCUGUUACUAAAGCAAUUAAUGAUGGCAUUAACAUCAUUAUUAACAGUGAUAAUGACUUCAAAAGCCUUAAAAAUCCUUCGUCUUCGACUGGGCAGCCUUCCGCUCCCGUGUCUGCUGAGCCUAUAAAGUCUGUUGAGCUUGAUGAGAAAAUUCAGCGUUUUAAUCACCUUAAAAAGCCUCUUGAAGAUAGACAAAAUAACAAAAUUUCUCCCCUCUCCUCUGAAGAUUCUCGCCUUUUAUCCUCUCAUCAGUCCAAGUUGGAGUCUCUUGAGAAGCUGAGUAAGCUUAAUGACUCCUUGAGUUCACUUAAUAAACAACAAAGUGAUAACUGUAAAAACCUUUUAAAUAACCUGUGCUCUAGCUUAGAAAAGUUCCUUGGUUACCAAGAAACUUCCAAAGGCUACGAUGGCUCCGGCAUCGUGUACUCCGACCUUGACAGGCUGUGCGACGGGGUGAUGUCUUUCCUUCAUGGUGUUCUUGAGAGUGUGAAGGAGGAUGAGAGUGUGAAGACAUAUAAUACUACACAAAAUGACAUUAAUAAUGUUCUUGCUAACUUGCAUGAUAACAUUGGCUCCGGGCGUAUUGGCCUUUCGGCGUCUGUCGCCAGUGUGAGGGAGUGGUUGGGGAAAUAUAAUGAGGAAGUUGAAAAGAAGACAAGAGCAGUGACCGAUGGAUUAUCUACACUUAUAGGUGAUUACUACAAGGAAGUUGCGGGACGAUCGGGGGACAAGCUGCAGGAGCAGCUGAGGAAGUGGAAGGAGACACUCCACGACAUAGACACGCACUUUGAUAGUAACAUACUUAAUAAUGUUAAUCUGUUAGAUAUUACAUUACGUGAUAAGAUUAAGAAUGAGACAAGGCCUAUUAAGGCCGCUGUCAGAAUGCUGCAGGAAGCUACAGUCGAAAAGGGGUUUGUGGCGCAGGUGAAGGAGGUGGACAGGACGCUGGAAGAGCGGAAGGAUCAUCUUGUAAAAACUAUUGCAAGUGAAUGUAUAACGCUACAACAGAAUUUGAGCAAAGAGUUUAAUGCCAUCGAAAUGACAUUCGGUGAGAUGAAAAAGGUUAAAAAGGAUAACCUUCAUCUUUUGAAUAAUUCGGUUUCGGGGGCCUACGAUAAAGCACAGAGAUUGUUAGAUAGUUUUCAUCAUAAUUAUAAGUUUGAAAUUAAAAAGUUGUUCAAUGAGUUAUAUGGUAAGAUGAAGUCUAUUAAUCCUAAAGAUCCACCCAGCCGGGACCAUAAAUCCCUGAUCAAGCAACAAUUUAAUGAGGCAGGCAUGGCCGUAACAAUGAUCGAGAAAGCCUAUAUGGACAAAUUAAAAGAGCUGUGCAAAGAUGUGAGAGAUAAAAUUUCAUUAGCGAAUGAAACGCGUGAAAAAAUUAUAAGGCAAACAAAUGAACAGGUCAGGUCGGCGUACAAAACAAUUGAACACCUAGUACAAGCGGCAAUGGAGGGGCUUACUAAGUGGGUUGGAGAGGCUGAGGAUGCGUUAAUUCAGAUUAAAUAUCAGGUUGGUGAUAAAAAGGAAGACGGCAUAAUAGGAAAGAAUUGGGAUAAUCUUGCGAAGGGCAUUACAGGAACGCUUAACAAAAUUCUUGGUCCAUCUCAAGCUCCGGGUUCACUUGGUGAAAUCGUGAAAGGCAUACAGGAUUAUACCAAUGAUUACAUCGGGAAAGGCCUUAAGGAGAAGGUUUUGCCAGGGUGGAUUGCUGAGAUUUUGAAGAGUCAAGCUGUAAAGAAGUACAUUGGUUGGUCUGUUGAUGAGAACAGUGCCAGUGUGGAGAACAUAUUUACAAAUGGAGUGGAAGGUGUAAAGGGACUAGCGAAACAAAUUGCUGAAGCGCUUGACAGUGACAUUGUUGUAGCGACAAAAGGCCUAAAAGUUGAGAAGACCAUCAGUAAAAACGUGGAAGCUGUAAAAUCCUGUCUCACUAAGUUAGCCUCUCAGAUUGAGGAGAGAAUUAAUAAAGAUGAAACCGGCGGCAUUGUUGCGGCGAUUGUUAGCGCCAAGAAUUACUUAAGAAGCGUUACCAAAGGCCCUAACACUGGGCAUCUUACAGCCGCAGUCAAAAUGAUUCUCUAUCAACUUCUCGGUGCCGCCAGGCAGGCUGGCAAUGAGCUUGAUUCAUUUUCCGCUGCCUCCAAGAUUCGAACAAAAGUGUCGGACACUAUCCAGAACAUUAUGAAUAUAGCGUCUAAACUGGCCGAUGAUAACGAUUUCGGGGGAUAUAUUACCAAGGCAUUGAAAGACGUGAAACCGAAUAUUGAUGAGCUUGAGCAAAUAUUAAACACGUCAACCGGAAUUCUGAAGGUUGAAAUAGACUCAAAGCUCAAACCUAUAACAACUGAACCGAAAGUAAGCUGUCUGAGUAAUUUAACAGUUGAUGUCGGCGAUGAAAUAUGCAAUUCAGUAAAUAAAAUGGGAGACAAGUUUACUCAGAAUUUUCACAACCAUUCGAAUCAAAUUAAACUUGAUCAACUUGACCACUAUACUAUUAAUAAACCUAAGUACAACGCCGCCAGAGGACAAAUGGAGACCAUUAUCACCGACGAGCUCGAAAUGCUUCCCCUCUUGGUGGAAACAAAAAGGAAGGCAGCUGAAGAUAAAAUUGGUGAGUUGGAAAGGAAAAUCCAAGGCAUACAAGGGAGCAUUGGAAUGAUCAAGGAUGCCUAUAGGAAAGCUGACGAAGCCUUGGAUACCGCUAUAAAAGACGUUACUAACACACUGUAUAGUGCUAGAGAAACGUCAACGCAAUCGAUCGAAACUGUCAAAUCAAUACUUCUCUACACUACAGAAAAUGCUAUGAAUGAUAUCAUUUUCGCCGUUCGAAAACUCUUCACCAACCAAAAACUCGCCGACCUCUCCGCGCUGCACAAACUCGUCGAACGCCAAUACAAAAAGAUUAACAAGAUCAUCGACGAAGACAAGGCGUCUGGAAUCAAGGGCCUGCUGUCAAGAAUGCAAAUUCACCAUCCAACGCUUUCCGAAGUUCCACGUUUAGAGGAAUUUACAAAGGCAUCGACGACGACGAAAUGGUACAUGGAUUAUGUCACGGAGUACAUUAAAUACCAACUCCUUCCAGACACCAAGCCCCCAACCCCUACCACUCCACUCCCACCUCCAAUCUCCGGCGGCGGUUACAGAGCGCGGCCGGAAACGAAGACAGUCAAUCCUAAAAAUAACACUGAUGAGGUACCAGCAGGCCGUGUAGGAGUGGCACCUAAAAUCACAUCUCCAACUCCAUCCCCUCCCACCAGCCAGCCAUCCCCCUCCCCGUCCACCAAGAAUCCCCUUGGGAAGUUCUUCGAGGACCUCAAGCUUCAUGUCGACAGACUCUUCGGUACGCUUUCCAUGGGCCGUUUCAGCAAUCAAUCUGCCACUAAUCGUGACGAUUUCACCAACUUCCUCCACUCAAUGCGUCCUACAAAGUUCGCCGAGCACGACAAUCCCCUACUAGACAUCCUCAAGUCAGGACUCCAGGAUUUCCUCGGGGAGAUUGGCAAGGCGUACGUGAAUACGUACGAGGGGCAUCCACCAAUUGAUUUCACAAAUUUAGUAAACACUAAUAAGGAUUUAUCCGAUGAGGGCAGAAACUUAUCUAAGGUGUUACUCACACUAAUUGAAACACUAUUACAUGACCUGAAUGAUCUGCGUAAGAAAUGCGACCCGCAUCCCCAAAGCGAUUGGACAAAAACACAAGUUUAUGUUUACGAAAAUAACAAGAAAACCGAAAAUGCCCUGGGCGCCUGGUUGGCUGACCGCGGCUUCGGAGUGUCGGAACUGGAGGCCAAGCAGAACGGGGAGUUAGCCAACAAGGUGGACGGUAGGAAAAUUCAUGGUCUUCUCGUCCACAGCAAUCAGCGUGCAAAACAGCUCUUCGAGUCCGAUGAUCCCAAGGAAGAUACUCGCCCACUUAGGACGCUUCAUUACUACCUCGACAGCUACUACCGUGUGUGUCACCAUGAAAUUCUUCCAAAACCCAGAGCGCCGAGCAGCGUGAAAGAUAUGCUCCAGUGGCUCAAUGGAUUAUACUAUAAUCCAAUGUAUAAGCAACUGGAAUCGCAGUUUAAGACGUUGUUCCCUAAACCUGAUGGAGACGAGAGAGAUUACAAGGAGAUCCCCGCGAAGGAGCUAAAAUACCCGGCCACCAUUGACAUCCAAUGUGCAGACUUGAAGCCAAUGCUUGCAGAAGUAUGUCACCAAUCAUACUAUGUUCUCGCUGCAAUCCUGGGCCACGGCCAUCCUGAUGGCAACUAUGCAGUAGAUUUUUAUACAAACUCAUCGCAAUUAAUGUAUCCUGGUAGCCCUGCUUCAUGUUUUGACAUGUUAUUUGAUAUAUUGAUGAGAGUAUAUCAGCAGUUACACUUCGUAUUUAUUCAGUGUCUACGUGCAAAUAGUAACGUUAGUUGGCGUGAUUGCUGGUACGGUAGGCACGUUGGUGGGUCCGGUUGGAAGUGCAAUGACAGUCAAUGUCCUGAGCAAACAUGUGACCAAAAGCACAACCAAGAGGGCAACCAACAUGUAAAGUGCGGCGUCAAAUCGCCACUUCAAUCGUUCCUUGAGGAUGGUCUCCCUGGCUUUUUGCCGCACCAAUUCACCUCUCCCGGCUGUAAGCUUACAUGUACCCUCUCUAACCACAGGGGAUUGCCUUGUAAAACGCCAAUGGGAUUUGCUGAUAUCAGCGUAACGGCAUCCCGUAUGUCCAAUGGCAAGCGCAUUAGUGAUGUGCUUGACGUCUUCUGCGGAAAUAAAUCUUCUCCGCUGAGCACUCUGUGCAGCAACUUAAUGUGCCUAUUACAACGGCCACCGCAAACGUUAGAUGACUUUUUUUCGUUUUACCUGUGUUAUAUUCGUGGCUGGGGAAACAAUGACAAUAAGCAUAAAAGUGAAGCAUUCGAAAAGGCCGUCACGAAGGCAUAUUUCGGUGAGUCCUAUCCACAGUUGGACAUUAGUCCAGUAUUUAACAACAGCCAUCACUCUAAAGGCGAACAUAUGAAAGGUGAUUUGUUUAGCCUUUAUAUUUGCGAUAAUUCGUCAACGUCACCGACAACGACUACCUGUGGCCGGUUUAUGCAGCCAUUCGGCUUAUACCUGUGGACGUCCUUUUCUCAAAGAAAUGCCGGCCGUUACCUGUCGUGGAUAGUAUAUCUUACUGAAACGUUUUACAGUUUGCUUGAGCAAUUGUAUAAUGAAUGCUGUGUAAAGUGCAACAAGCAGGGAACUAGAUGCUUUGAGAAAUGCUGCGUCAAAGCGUGCCAAGUAAAAAAUAAUUACGAAUCUACAGACACGUCCAAGCAACUGACAGAUCAAAAGCAUACUGAAGACUGCUCAUCCAUAGCUCAGUGCCCAUUCACUAGGCCAACACUGUACAAAUAUGGAUUCGCAUUGAACAGCUUAACAAACCUUAGUGAAAAGGAUAACCAUGAAACUCGACGCACAUGUCGUGACUUAUGUUACGCAUUAAAGAGAGCUCUCAACAAAGAAGAAAAACGAGGACAUGCCCUCGCAAAAUUAAUUUACCGGACAAUCCCAGAUUUCUUAUGGGCAAUUCGCACACCCUUCUCAUACCUGUUGUUAGCCCUCUGGUCGCUGUCGCUCCUGUACCUGCUGCACAUCGCCGUCGUCCGCCUCGACGUCCUGAGGAUACGCUCACACCUGCGCUCGCCUUCAAGCCACCGCAUCGCCGCACAGUCCCUCCUCGCCGCCGCACGCGUCAGGGCACUCGCCAACGUCAAGUACUUCUCACCAUAA